AUGUUAAUAGAUAUCUUCUCUAGAUUUGAUGAACAAAACUUUACUAUUCUGAAAAAAAUUCCUUUAAUUUGAAUAAUAAGAGCAUUGCCGUUAUAUUAUAUCCAAAGGCUUUAUUGGAGAGGAUCUUCGCGUUGAGCUGCUUUUGUAAUUAAGAUUAAGGGAUUUAUGAUAAUACAGGCAAUACGGACAAAAGGAGGAAGAAUAAGUGGUUUUAACAAUGCCGUUAUUUCUAUUUUUAUAAUAUUAAUUAUUAUAAAUCUUCUGGGCCUAUCUCCUUAUGUUUUUAGAAUCACUAGUCACUUAGUCUUUGCUUUUUCUUUUGGGCUUCCUCUUUGAUUUGCUUUGAUCCUAUCUGGAGUAUUUUUUAAUUUAAAAAGAGUAGUUUCUCAUUUUUUACCAAGAGGAGCCCCUAGGGUUUUAAAUCCAUUUCUAGUUCUAGUUGAGACAGUUAGUAUUUCUGUUCGACCUAUUACUUUAUCAAUUCGGUUAACCGCAAAUAUAAGAGCUGGCCAUAUUAUUUUAGGUCUUAUUGGGGCUUAUUUAAGAGCAGGUAUUUUUAGAUACUCUUCAAUCAUCAUUUUACUUUUAAUUUUUAUUGAGAUUUUUUAUUUUAUGUUCGAAGUUGGAGUUAGCUUAAUUCAAGCUUAUAUUUUUUCAUUAUUAAUUACUCUUUACUCAGACGAUCACCCUGAACUAUAG